AGUUGGCUCGAAAGUCAAAGCGACCCAAGGCGGCCCAACCGGUUGGCCCGCGAGUGUCCCGAUGGCGGAAAUUCGCUGCGCGCUGGUCUCCGGGGAGACUGCGGAGGUGCGUCUGCCGGAGCUCAGCCGAGCGGCGGAGCUAAAGCAGCGCCUACGGAAGCAGUGGCCGCAGUUCAAGGCCACCGCCCUGAAGCUCUUCGAUGGCGGCCGGGAGCUGUCUGACGCGGACGUUCUGGAUGGCGUGCGCGAAGUCCUGGUGGUGGCAGGCGAGGCUUCCUCCUGCAGCGUGGGUGAGGCGAUGGCGGCCAUCAACGAGACCUGCGCUUCGCAGGGCGGGAGCUACGCGAACUACUCCUGCGAGGUGGUAUCCUGGGACGACUGCUGCCGCAGCGGCAUGGGCAAUAGCUUGAGCUGCUCCGGGCCCAACAUCACGGACUCGAGGCUGCUGGACCGUGCAGGGCAACAACUCUACACCGUGCGCAGCAACAACUGGAACGAGAGGCUGGGUAAGGUGUCGGCUGACGACGUCAACGUCUUGGUGCCUGACGGUGAGGAGCUCAAGGCCGUCUCCUUGCGGGAGUACUUGCGGGACCUGGGCACCCACGGCGCGUAUGCAGGCCUCGCGGGUGGGACCUCGCUGGAUGCAGAAGCAGAUCAGGAGGUGAGCAUCAGGUUCCAAACGACCUUCCUUCCAGUGCUGGAGGACGGCGCAAUGGAGUUCUGUGGGGAAGCCUACAACUACCAGACCCGGUCCGACCAGGAUCCCAAGAAUCUGGUGCUGCUCUGCACAUCCCAAGGCACAGCUCUACAGCAGCACGGAGCCGGCCGCCAAAAGCUCUUCCUGCACCAGCUGGAGGAUGGUCGCAUCGCGCGGUGCUGGCUCGAGGCGCAGCGCACCGGGCAUCGCGUGGGGCAGGCGCAGGAGGAAAGCCGCGAGAGCGCCGAGCAGAGUGCCCAAGCCUUCAAAAAGGCCAAGCUCGAGGCGCAGAAGAUGUCGGAAGACGCCCAGGCGGCGCCGGAGGCGGUGCGGGAGGCGGAGCUCCGCGCGCAGCGGAUGGGCUUGGAAGCCGCGGAGCGCCUGGCGCGCGCCCAAGAGGCUGAGGAAGCGGCGAAAGAAGGGAAGGCGGUGGCCAGGCGCUUCGGGCUGGAGGCCAUGGGCAGCCGCUGCAACAUGCUGAUGACCAUCCAGGUGCCAUUGGAGCAGAAAGCUCCGCCGCCGUGCUUCGAUUUCUUCUUCCCGCCUCCGUCGCCACCGAGCAUUGCUGGCCCGGUCUGCGGCAUUGAUCUGGGCUCCAGCUAUUGCCGUGCCGCCAUCUGGCAGAACCAAGGCGUGCAGGUGCUGCCCAACACCUUCGGGGACCGCGAGACCCCCAGCAUCCUCGGCUUCAAGGAUGGUGAGCUGGUGGUUGGCGAGGCAGCCAAUCAUCUGAGCGGAUGCACUGUAUCCGGCAUCAAGCGCCUGUUGGGCCUCACAUGGCCAGAGAUCGAGGAGCAGGACUUCCCCUUUAAGGUGGUCCGUGGCGAGAAGGAUGAGCCUUCGAUCUGCCUCCAGGAUGGCGACGAGGAGAAGAUCUUCUCGGCAGUGGAGUUGGCCGCGUUGCUACUGCGGAAGAUGAAGUCCGUAGUCACGGAGUACCUGGGCUUGGAGACAGAAGUGAAGGUGAAUGCGGUGCUGAGCGUGCCUCACCCUGCCACAGACGCCACCCGGGCCGCGGUGAAGUUGGCGGCAGAAGCGGCCGGCUUCACUGUGAUGAGGAUUGUGAACGAGCCCAUUGCAGCCGCCAUCGCUUGCGGCCUCGACAAGUGUACGGCAACGGAGCGGAACGUGAUGGUGGUUGAUGCGAGCGGCACCUGCACCAAAGCUGCGCUCUCAUGCGUGGAAGAUGGCAUUUUUGAGCUUAGGAGCUGCGGUGUGAUGUCGCUGGGCGGCGACAAAGUCACGGAGGCAUUGGUGGAUCACUGCUGCGAAGAGUUGGCCUCAAAGCAUGGCGUCGACCUGCGCACAAGCGGCCGCGGCCGCGCGAUGGGUCGCCUGCGCAGGGAGUGCGAACGUGUCAAGCGCACUCUGAGCCAUUCUCUGCAGAGCCAGGUGGAGGUGGACGAAAUUUGUGAGGGCCUCGACUUCUUCUGCCCCAUGUCCCGCGCGCGGCUGGAGGAGUUGGUGCGAUCCAGGCUGCAGCUGGUGGCGCCGCUGUUGGAACAGGUCCUAGGUGAGCUGGACAAGUCCGACGUUCAUGAUGUCCUGCUGGUGGGGGGAGCUGCCAACACCCCCAAGCUCCGCGAGCUGGUGCGGGACUUCUUUGACAAGGAGACGAUCGCAGGGGUCAGAGCAGAAGAGGCCGUGGUCAGCGGAAACGCAAUCCAGGCCGCAAUUCUCUGUGGCGUUGGACAACACAACGUCUUGGACCUGCUGCUGUUGGAUGUGUCUCCCCUCUCCAUCGGCUUCGAGUCCGCCAACGGGGCCAUGACGCGAGUCAUCGCUCGGAACACGACCAUCCCCACGAGGAAAACCGUGACGCUGACCACCCACAGGGACAACCAGCCCAGCGUCACCAUCCGCAUUUACGAGGGCGAGGCUGCACAGUGCCAGGAGAACCACUUCCUGGGGAGCUUCGUGCUCGGCGGGCUGCCGCCGAUGCCCAAGGGAGGGCCUCAAGUGGAGGUGACCUUCGAGAUCGACGCAAAUGGCAUCCUGCACGUCACUGCGACGGAGAAGUCCACUGGCAAGAGCAACCAGAUGACCAUCAGCAACGACAAGGGGAGGCUUUCGCAGGCUGAAAUUGAGCAGAUGAUUCAGGCCAGUUGCGGAGAUGGACUCGCCGGCUCCAAUGAGCUUCCGAGCUCGGAAGAGGGCUACGGCCGUGCCAACGCGGCGCGCGUGAGCCGCGGCAGCGUGGAGGACUAUUGGCCGGGCCUGGCCACGCAGCCCAGGCGCGAUGAGAAGCAGCACUGCACCAUCACCGUUCAGUUCUACCACACUGUCACGGGCGGGGUUCCGUCUCCUCAGGAUGUUUUGGCGGCCAUCGACGACAUGGAGCAGCUCUACACGAGCUGCGACUGGCAGGGCCGCCUUGCGGAGCAGGGAGCUAACUUCAUGAAAGUCUAAGGCUGGAUGCCCUGUCUGAGGCAGGGCCCACAUUGAUUGAGCGGCAGCCACUUGGUGCCGGCACAAGCGCAGAGCCACUUGCCACCAUGUACAGCAAUUAGCUUCGCUUCCAGCGCCUUCCGGGGCAAUGAGCCGAUCCAAAUUGUGAACAUCCUGGAAGGCGAGUUGGAAGAUGGACGCUUGUUGCAGAAACAGCCUCUUGUACAGUCGAACGGGCAAAC